UGUGGAAUUUGACAUUUAGUCCGCCCCUUCCAAUUUGAAUUUUGCUCAUUAACAAUUUCAGACCGUUUGGUAUCUCCCCCUUUCUCUCUCCUCUGAAUACAACAACAACGUCAUUCUACUCAAAAUCCCUCAUCAAUAAUACUGUGUACAACGUUUCUCUAAUUCAAAAAAAAAAUCCCCACUUUUCAAUCCACAUACUCAUUUGCAGAUCUUUCUCUCUCCUCCUCUUCAAAUGCUGCUUCCAUUGAUCGCUUAACUUUCUUCUCGAUCACUCAUUUCUUGUCAUCGCAAGCUCCAGCUAACUUUGUUUUAGGAACACAAGGAGAACCGAUUAAAGGUUUUGGCUUUGCUGGGAGCAAAUUUGGAUAAGCUUAUCAUUUAUUUGUUCGGGAUGAACAAAUUGCGUUCCUCUGAGUGACUAAGGUUCUAAUCAUGCCUUUGGGGCUGUUCUGCAUAAAAGAACCUCCAACAAUUGUCUAGGAAGACUGAUAAUGCCUUGGGGAACAUUUCGUGGAGAGAAUCGUCAUCGAGUGGGAAUUGGGGUAUGCAGUUUUGCCUGUUUGUUAGAUAACUAUGGAAAGUGACAGGAAAAUAGCUGCAUCACAUCCGCCUCCGGCCCCAUUGGCUCCUCCCGGCUCUUUGAAUGGGGCCAACAACGCCUUUCCUCGAGUCAGACCUAUGCAUGGGAGGACCAGUGGGCCUACGAGGCGAUCAACAAGGGGACAGUGGACUCCUGAAGAGGAUGAGAUUUUGCGCAAGGCUGUUCAGCGCUUCAAAGGGAAAAAUUGGAAGAAGAUAGCCGAAUGUUUCAAGGAAAGAACUGAUGUUCAGUGCCUGCACAGGUGGCAAAAGGUCCUCAAUCCAGAGCUCAUCAAGGGCCCCUGGUCAAAAGAGGAGGAUGAAGUUAUUGUUCAACUGGUGAACAAAUAUGGACCAAAGAAGUGGUCCACAAUUGCUCAACAUCUUCCAGGGCGUAUAGGGAAACAAUGCCGAGAGAGGUGGCAUAAUCAUUUGAAUCCUUCCAUAAACAAGGAGGCAUGGACUCAAGAAGAAGAACUUGUUCUAAUCCGUGCUCAUCAGAUGCAUGGGAAUAGAUGGGCCGAGUUAACAAAAUAUUUGCCAGGAAGGACAGACAAUGCUAUUAAAAAUCAUUGGAACAGCUCUGUGAAGAAAAAACUAGACUCUUAUAUUGCUUCAGGACUCCUUGCUCAGUUCCAAAGCCUGCCAGUGGUUAGCCAUCAAAGUCAAUCCAUGCCUUCAGCUUCCUUGCUAGUACAACAGAGCAGUGGAGAUGGUAGUGUUUUCAAAGAUGGAGCAGAGGUGGAUCAAAAUUCAGAGUGUAGUCAAGUUGCUUGCUCUCAAACUGCAAGUGACAUGUCUAAUAAGGAAGACUUCUUGUUGUGCGAAGAAUCAGAUCAUGGGAAGUUUCAAAAUACUAGUCCUACUGCAUCAUGUUCCGAGCAAUAUUAUACAGAGGAUAUCACCAUUACCAUUCCUGAUAUACCUCAUGAAUUCAACUGCUCAUCUAAAUACUUGGAGGACAAUAUUUCCAGGGAACCUGGGACUUGUGCAGCUGAGAAUAGCAGCUUUGGCACAUUCAGCUUACCCAACUUUUCCUUUGCAGACUUGGCCACUGACAGUUUAUCAGGAAAUUACUAUAUUGCUGAUCCAAUGAGUGACAUAGUUCCUGGACCUUCUCACCAAUCUGUUGAGUAUGAUGCACUAGCUUCUGUCAAUAAUGUAGCUGCGAAUUUAGAAGCAUCAGGACAGAAACGGAAAGCUGAAGAAGGCUGUUCUGAGCUCCUAUUGGAACAUGAAGGGGGUGAUGGAUGUCCUGGGAACUUCUCUGACAUUAUUGAUAUGGAUAGAUUCAGAGAAUUUUUAGGUUACCAAACUAUUUAUCAACACUCAGAACCAAGUGGAAAUGUAGAUUUGCGGCCAAAUACUCCUUUGGAUACAUUGGUAGAAGCUUUAAACUGUGAACAUCUCUCUACUAUUCCUUUUGAGGUUUCAGUUGAGAAUGGUUUUAUGAUCGACACCAAGGAAUACGAUCAAAUAAAUGACAGUGGGGCUGGAUCUGAAGCGAAGGAUAGUGCUAAUGUGGAUGAGGGUCAUGUCCCUGCGAUUAACAAUUCUGGCUCUCCAUUGACAGAACAAACAGCAUCAAAGGCACUGUCAAGAUUAGUUUCUGUAAAUACAUUUGGUCUUGAAACAUCAGAUAACCAGCAAACUCAUUCUAAUGUAGUUGAACGACCUAUGAAAGCUACCUGUAAGCAGGAAGCUGGAAUUCUUUGUUACGAACAUCCUCGAAUACCAUCUUUGGACGUACCAUUUUAUAGUUGUGAUCUUGCUGAUGCACAUCAAGAAUAUAGUCCUCUUGGCGUCCGCCAGUAUAUGCAUUCUAAGAACAGUAUGACUCCCUUCAAGUUGUGGGAUUCACCAUCCUCUGAUGAUAGUCCAGAUGCCAAGUUGAAAAGUGCUGCUAAAACGUUUGGAAGUACACCAUCCAUCCUGAAGAAAAGACAUCGUGAUCUAUUGUCACCUUUAUCACCUUUGUCAGAAAGGCGAUGUGAUAAAAAGACUGGCAGCAGUUCUAAACAAGUGUUUUUGUGCACCUCCAGGUUGACCAAUGAGUUUUCACGUUUGGAUGUUAUGUUUGAUGAGGCUGAUGAUCAGAAUAAUGAUCAGAAUGGCAAAGAGAAGAUAAGCAAACCAGAAUCCCCAUCUUAUGAUCAGAAUAUUCACGCCUCAGUAGAAGAUAAAGAAAACAUCUGCCCCGCUCUUGAAUGGAAAAGAGAAGAGGCAAGCCAUAACCAGGCCGAAUCAGGAGACAGAACUUUAGAGGAAAACAAAAAGGACUUCAGAGACCUAGAUAAGGAAGAAAAUCUUGAACAACAUCCAGAGAAAUCAGUCCGCGAAGACUGUGCUUCAGAAACAGUAAAGAACACUUCUCUUAAAGGAGUCCUUGUUGAACAGUACUUAAGGGAUACACAAAAUUCUUCUUCGGAUGGAGGGGGACCUAAAGCUGGGUCAGAGGCAGGCGACAGAGCUCUAGAAGUUCACGGCUUGAAAAAUACUUCCAAACAAACAGCCAUGUCAGAUUUGAUGACUAGUAAAACUAAAUGUAUUGUAAGCCCGCCCUUGCUUGGUCAAAAGAAGUCGUGUUACCAGUCGGUUUCUGCAGUUACUUCGGUGAUGGUUGACAGCCUUGUAAAUGAAGUUGGUUCUGAGAAUCUAAACAUAUUUGGCGGAACACCUUUCAGACGAAGUCUUGAAUCUCCUUCUGCAUGGAAGUCUCCUUGGUACUUCAGUUCUUUCAUUCCGUGCUCAAGAUUUGAUUCAGACACUAUGAUCGGGGAUAUAAAUGGGAUUUUCAUGAGCCCAGGAGACAGAAGCUUGGAUGCCAUCGGGUUGGUGAACCAGAUAAACGAAGAGAGUGCAGGUGCAUACGCAGAUGCCCGUAAAGUUCUGGGAAGUGAAACUCCUGAAAGUAUUCUGAGGCAACGAUGCUUGAAAAAUCAGAAUUCAGAGGGCGACAUCAACUAUUUUUCCAACAGUCAGCUUGAUGGCCGCCAACAAAGUGUCUCGUCGGAGAGGCGUGUUCUUGAUUUCAGUGAAUGCGAAACACCAGCAAAGACAAUGGAGAAGGGGAAAAGUGUUAUAACGACAAGCUUAUCAAGCCCUGCUCCUUGUUUGCUGAAAAGUUACAGAUAGCAGUAUCAAUAUUUGGGCGGAGCUAGUAUAUAAUGUUUGUUUCUAAAAUGUAUUAUUUCUUGCAAUUUUUUAUAUUAUGAAGGAAGCAAUUUAUUGAAAAUACUUUUAAUUCCAUAAAUUCUUUUGCUCUUCCGAA